AUGGCCGCAACACGCAAAGGAGGAAGGAUGUCUGUUAAGCCACACCUGCGCAAGCUCCGCAAGCUCAAGCGGCCGAACCCUUCGGAGGAUGAGGAUAGCGUUGCCAAGGCACUCUUUGAGCUGGAGGCGACUCACAAGACACUCCGCACGCAGCUGCCGCGAUUUCACAUCAACACCGUCCGCACACUGUCGAGCCCGCGCUUCAGGCGGACGGCCACGGUGGUCUUCUACCCGCUGCGGUUCCUGAUGCUGGUGCGCAAGAUCCAGCGCACACUGACGGCGGAGCUCGAGAAGCGCUUUCCCGGCAGCAUUGUGGUGCUUGUGGCGCAGCGCAAAAUCACGAAGCGCCCGAAGGACGUCUACAAGCUGCAGAAGGUGCAGCGCUCCCGCACGAGUGUGGCGGUGUUCGAGAACAUAUUGAAUGACCUGAUCUACCCGUGCGACGUUAUGGGCCGCCGCUGGCGCUGCCGCACGGACGGCACCAAGGUGAUGAAGGUGUUCCUCGACUCGCGUGAUCGCAAACGCGUGGAGUCGCGUCUGCCAAUCAUUGCGCAUGUCUACAAGCAGUUGACGCACCGCACCGUGAGUUUUGGCUUCAUGUGGAACCCGAAGCUCCAGCAGGUGUCCUCGCGGUAG